AUGCGAGAGCUAGAUCUCCUGGUUUUGCCGGAGCUGGCGUUUACUGGAUACAACUUCUCUUCUCUAGAGCAUAUCAAACCAUAUCUUGAGCCUACCGGCUCCGGGCCAUCAGCAAAUUGGGCUCGCUCGACCGCACGCCGGCUCGGGUGCGUGGUUUGCGUAGGAUACCCGGAGCUCCAUGCUUCAGCAUUGUCGCCCUUGGAGCAAACGAGUUCACUGGAGAAAGCAGAAAACGAAGACGGGCAAAUUGAAGCACGGAAACGGUUCAACUCUCUACUCAUCGUGGACCCAUCUGGCGACAUACUGCUCAAUUAUCAAAAACGGUUUCUUUACUACACGGAUGAACCCUGGGCGCUGGAGGGAGAGAAUGGAAAAGGGGAUCUACAGCUCCCCGUUUUUGCUAAAGAGCCGUCAAGCAACUCAAGGCCCUGUGAAUUUUCUGUGGGAAAGCACAUACCCACCACGGUCGGGAUAUGCAUGGACAUCAACCCCUACAAAUUCAUCGCGCCGUACAGUGCAUACGAGUUUGCCACUCACGUCCUUGACAGCGGAGCUAAGCUAGUAAUCCUCUCCAUGGCAUGGCUCUCGCUACUGGACCCUGAAGAGUUAGCCGGUGAACCAAACACACCAGACAUGGAUACGUUCCGGUACUGGAUCAAGCGGUUUUGGCCACUGAUUACGAGAGACACUUGGGAUGGAGGGGAGAUUAUUGUUGUGUUUGCGAACCGGACGGGCAGGGAGGCGGGUAAUGAGGGAAAGGACACAGCGAGGUAUGCGGGGUCCAGCUGUGUGAUUGGCAUUCGGAGAGCCGCAGCGGAGGGGAAUGGUGCUGGGGGUGAGGAAGAGCGGCAUGGGUAUUAUGAUGCAGAUAUAGUGCUCUGGGAACGGCUUGGGAGGGCCGAAGAGGAUGUUUGUUUGGUCGAUACGGAUCUACCCCCUAAGAUGCGCCUCAAGGUCUUUCGAGGUUCAGGAGAAUGA